AUGCAACGGUGCAUUCUCGCACGGGUGGUAAAUUCCUUGCCAUCUUCUUUGCAUGGCAUCACGAGCAAUAAUGACAGUAAACACAAGAUUUUCUUCCAACUUCGCCAAGCCGUUGCGGAACCUUCAGUUGACACCAAUACUGAGGCCUAUCGGCACUUGGCGCAUGAAUUGUCACUCUUGUCACAGGAAGAGUUUGGUCGUCGGUUAUAUCGUUUUAGCCGAACAAACUUUGAUCCCACCCAAACUACGGUGGUUCACGCACUUGUGUCGGAGUUGAUUUCUCGACGUGUGCAAGAGGUAAGUAUAAAGUGUGUCCGUGAGUAUGCCCAUCUGGCGCAUGUCGCUAAGCUACACAAGCUCUGCUUAGAUGUAUACUUCGCUCGCGCAAACCUUACGACGAUCGGUUCUGUGACGGAAAACAAUGACACGAGGGUUGGUGACUUUGCCGUCUCAGACUUUGUCGUAGACAGUGCGUACGCCCUUUGUAGUACUUCUGACCUGAUUCGUUUAGCUUCUUACUGCGUAAAACACCUACAGCAGGUACCAUCCCUCGGUUGGGAAGUGAUGAGUGCCUUCUCCUUGGUUCGUGCGUUUUGGCGCUGCAUUUGCGUAGCCUCAAUUCACGGACGACAACAGGAUGCAGAGUACAAGCAGGCCCUUAAGGAUGCCUCUUACAUUUAUGAUGAGUAUAUGGAAUUAGUGUAUCCCGAUGCUUAUAAGGAGCUUACAACACAAGAUGCAAUACGCACUGUCCAGCGGUUUGUGCAGUAUGCUUCAUCUGCCGACGAGGGGGAAAUGCUUUUUUUUCGAUUUUGUCUCCAAAAGGGAUUUCUUCGAAGGCCACGCUAUACAACGCGAGGAGAGGGUGAUGAUGGUUCUGGAAUGAACGCCGGUGUAACUGUUGAGGGAGGGAAGAUAUCCGAGGAGCAAUGGUUCUACGCGAGUCUUAUUGCGACAUGCCGUGUUGGGAAUCAUGUGGAUUCCGCACUUCGGUACUUUGACGACAUUGGUUCCUACCUUGGAAUUGUGCAGGUCAGUUGUAACGAUCUCCUUCAUUCCUGCUCGCGGAAGAUUCGGCAGGAUGAUCCGAAGAGGCCAGAAGCUGCAAUAGGAUCGAGGGACAGAAAAUCAAUGGAGAAGGUCUCGGAGUACCUUAUCUUUCAGUUAUUGAACGUACUUCAGACAGCAAAGGAAAACGGGAAGAUUGUUUUUAUUGCACGGGCAAUGUUACGUGAUGGGGUGCAACUUGGCAUAAGUGUGUGGAGCAUUGUACUCAUUGCAGCAGGUGAGACGCGAGCUGCGGAUUUGGCCCUCGCCGCCUUUACACAGGCGAAAGAUGCCCUUGGUGAUGGCAGCCACGCCUUGGACCGCCGCGGGAAUGAGUACCUGCUGCAGACUGCCAUUAAUGCACUAUCCAGAUGCCAGGUUCCUCGCUUUGAGGAGGAAUACCUUCAGCCGUGCCACGACCAGCAGCUGAUGCACUGCACGAACGAGUUCUAUUUCUGUGCGCUCCUGCAACAUGCACAUAACUCCAUGGACCCUGCUAACGGGGCAGAGGAGGUUUUGCGCAGGAUGAAAGAAAAGGGGACUCCUCUCACCACCCGGAUCAUCUCUAGGCUAAUGAAGAUAUAUCUGCGUAUCGAGUCACCCAAGCUACUGGAGCUUUAUCAGCAUGCCACGCAACAGCUUGGAACCUUUAGGCCGUCGUGGCUUGACGAGUUGCUAUUGUGGGCCGAUCGACGUCGCUACGAACUCACCCAUGGGGAAAGAAAAUAUAUAUUGGAUGAAGUGCAACGCGUUCACGGCAUAAAGGGCAUGCAGGGCGACCUCGGCGGACUACGCACACAGUACGCACUUUUGAAAUACGACUAUGAAUAUUCUCCGCUUGAGGUCUUUGCCUCCACAUCCUAUCCACCAGAGACGGAGCCGACCAUACUGGACUCACGUGUUCACUUUCUUCUCAAACACCCUCAUUGUGUAGCACAUAACAUAGAGACAUGGCGCAGCGGCUGCACUUUUUGGAUCAACAAUACAGUUGGCGAUGACGAGAGGGCGCAGCGAUUUCUGCGGUUUUCUUUACUCACAAACGAGGGUGCAACCACAACAAAUGGAGAGAUAAAACCCGAAGAAUUCCGCUUGUACAUGGGACGCAUGCUUGAGGCUUUACAAAAAAGUAACAACUGUGCCGUAUAA